AUGUCGACCUUCUAUGGUCCUCACGACAUGGGACCCCUCUCUCCGAAUGAAGGAGUGUAUCGCACGGGGGACAAUUUACGGCCAGGCAGUGGAACGGCGAGCACCCCAUCUCCUGGUCAGAUUUCCGCGAUGAUGAUGCACAAUCCGAAAAGAGCAUACAGACAAAGAAGAAAAGACCCGAGCUGUGAUGCAUGCCGGGAGCGCAAGGUCAAGUGUGAUGCGACUGAGACGUCGAGUUGUACCGAGUGUUCGAGUCGCAACGUCCGUUGCCAAUUUACCAAGGACACAAACCGGCGCAUGUCUUCGAUCAAGCUCGUACAGGACCUGGAGCGACAACUAUUGGAAGCCCGACAGCAGCUCGAGCGCUAUCAUUCGGUCGAGCGCAACUCUGAUCUCUCCAGUGACCUCCGGCCCGAAUCUGCCUCCGCGGUCUUCGCCGAGUUUCCGUCGAUUGGCAAAUCGCCACGGAGGAUGUUGAAAGCAAGAGCACCUCAGGAUCUCACAAAUGCCAGAACGCAGUUGAAUGAUGUUGGUCGCGGAUUGUUGAAACCCCCCGUCACGGGUAUCCAGCCUCGAUCGCAUACCACACAAACUCGAAUUUCGGACCUGCAGGGUUUGCCUUCGCAAGCCGUGGCCGAAAAUCUACUCCACUACUACCAUGAAUACAUCCACCGUCUAUUCCCCGUCCUCUACUGGCCCAAGUUUCAGCGCAACUUUGCGGCAGCACUGGAACGAGGCAAUGUGCAAUUACUCCCCACCGACUGGAUUGCCACUCUAUACGCCGUACUCGCAUGCGGUGCCCUGGCGACGCAUGACCGGGCGCGGGUGCCAGAGGCGCAGGAAUACCUGACCAGGGCAAUAUCUACCAUCAAUUUCUGGGAAGAUGAUGUGUCUACAAAUCAGGCCAUUGUAGCAUUUCUUGCAAGCAUUGCGCUGGUCGAGAUGAACCGGAAAUCGGCCAGUUGGAUAUGGCUCGGCUCUGCAAUCCGCAUUGUUCAGGAUCUCGGGUUGCACGUCCAAGGGGGUCAAUGGUCACCGAUUGAGGGCGAAAUGCGCAAGCGCAUAUGGUAUUCGUUCUACGUCUGGGACCGGAUCCUUGCUCUCGAACUCGGAAAGCCGAUGCUGAUCAACGACGACGAGUGCGACACCGAGUAUCCUGAAGUCCUCGACGAAGAGCGCGUCAUGUCCGACCAUACGCAUACUCCGCUGGCUCCUAAAUUACUGCUGGCCCAUGUCCACAUAGCACGGCUGAUGGCGCCCCUAGCGAAGACUUUUCGUUCUCUCUGCAUCACCAGUGAGACGCUGGCCAAGUUUGAGAGUCACCUGGGGGAGUGUCUGGUUUUGUUUCCCCGGCCACUACACCUCUCUUCGACCGCUCCUCUGGAUCCAUGUAUCAUGGCUCCUCUAAUCACUUUUCAAAAUACACGAUUAAUGCUCCAUCGCCAUAAUUUGUCCCCAUCAUGCUCAUCCGAGCAAAGAGCUCAAGCCAUUGAGCAGUGUCUUCAUGCUUGUCGCGAUACCGCAACCAUUCUGUCCCGGUGCAUGAUCCCACACGUUCAGUCGCAUGAAUGGGAGCAGCGGUUUGUUCUCUCUGCAACCACCAUGCUGUGCACCCAUUUUUGGCGGUGCAUGCUCUUCUUGCUGUUCCGACAAGUGUAUGACAGUUUUUUCCUCAUCUUGAGAGCGGCCGCUACGAUCAAUGACGCCCGAAGCAUCAACAUCUGCUGCGGGAGACACUUGUCUUUCUUCGUGCGAUGUCUGAUUGAGAGGAUCGAACAGCCCAGCAGCAUGGACAUUGACCAUGAUGAGGAAUUGCUGGUCUACCUCUCUGCAGAUCUACAGGCCAGUACCAAUAGCUGGGUAUGGGGCAACGCCGAGACAGGCACGCACCUCAGUCGUCGUCAAAAGCACGGUAGACCCAGGCACCAGUUCAUUGAGCAUGACCCUCACUCAUCGGGGGCUCAGUCGCCGUCGUGGGACAAUAUGUUGUCUGAGGAAGAGCAACACGACUGGGGCGGUUGGCAACAUAUUGAGCAAUCGGCUCGAUAUCUCCAACAGCUUUCCGAGAGACAGCACUACCCACAAAAUCCAAACCAAAUCCCGCCUCAACCACCACCUCCUUCUUUGCCUGUGUCCCCUCUGCCCAACGGACCAGGCCCGGGAACAUCAGGCCCAACCCUGCCCCCAAUCGGCAGCAGCAGCUCGACCCAAACGACCCCAGACCCGAACCGAGCGCGAAUGACCAUUGCGAAUAUCAUCUAG